UUCACGUCUCCUCCUGAUGACCACCAGGACAUCCUCCUUCCCCCACCCCCGAGACCAGAUCCCACAGCCACCCUCCCGGCUGACAGCUGUCUGAUGGAAAGACACAGCUCUGUGAAAUAAAGGUGGCAUCCUACAGCAACGUAGCCGGAAUGCAUGAUGCUCUCGCACUGAGCCAAGCGCUGACUAGCUGCUCAUUGAGAUGGUCUGACUGAGUCUUGGCGGAAGCCACCUAAAGCCUCAUUGUUUGGCUGCUGUUAGGCUGCAGGGUGUAUGACGGCGAUGGCAGCAAGAACAACGACCAAUGCCCAGGAGGGGCAGCCAUUGCUCCUUUUAGCAUCACCCAUGGGGACAUUUUCUGAGGGCAAUGGUAUGGAUUUCACGUCUUUCUACAGCGACCCCCGAAAGAUUGAAAAGGACGUCCCAAACUCAAGGCCCCGGGAAGAGGAUAAUGGCACAUCAGGGGAUGAUGAAAGCUCAAUAAAAAUUGGACUCUCUAGCACAAUGCCGCAUGCUUCACCUAGUUCCCUGGACAAACUGGGUUCUGUGACUGAUCUCAACUGUGUCAAUGAGGGACAGGGGUCUCUAGGGAUGCGAUGUCCCACCUCUGUCUGCUGGAGGAAUUCUGGUGAGUUUAGCCCCACCACUGAUCUGAAGGUCCCAUACCAUGUAAAUGCCCUGCAUGGCCGCCCUGAACGGUUGGACCAGAUUCCUCAACCGCCAAGGUAUUUGAAUCAGCCCUUAGAUGCACCUGUGCUGCAAAUGGGCCCACAGAACCAUAAACUUGGGACUGUCUUAAACAAAUCGGGAUGCUCUGUAGAUCUUUGUCUUCUUCCCAAUGAGUACUGCUACACUGGUGCCCCUAGUGCCUCUAUAGAUGGCCAGUUGGAGUGCUUCUGGAAGUUGAGGCCUCGCGGCUUGAAUUGCUUUAGCAGAGACCAGCUUGGUGACCUUUUCAGCUCGAGGUUUUUGGUCAGCAAGAGCUUGGACGGUUCGGCGAUACCUUCCAUGGACGAGGGAAGCAACACGGACGACAAAGAGGAUGACAACAACGAGGAUGACAAUAACGUGGAGAAUGAGGAGGACGAUGAUGACGAUGUUUUCCCUGAGCUGCCGUCCUACAGGGAGUUCCUCCUCAGCCGGUGUAUGAGCAGGAGCAGAUACAAGUGGAGCAAGAUUGCAAGGAGGCUCGAUGUCGCACAUAUCAGCUGUGACCCCACUAGCUGUGGCUGGUCUGACGAGGAGGCUGUCAACUCUGAGGAGAUCCAGCCGGUGCGUUCGCCCUGGUCCCAGUCCAUGAGCCAGCUGAUGCAGAAGUUGGACCAGCUCAAUCUGGACAUCCAGGAGGCCCUGAGCACCAGCUCCUCGCCCACCAGCACCCCUACCAGUGCCCAGAGAAGUGAGGUAGCUGUGAGGAUGAGCCAGGCUGAAGCAGAAAUUGAGGCGAAGGAGGCAUGUGACUGGCUGCGAGCGGCGGGAUUUCCCCAGUACGCCCAUCUGUACGAAGAUUCCCAGCUCCCCAUCGACAUCUCCUCCGUUAAAAGAGAUCAUGAUUUCCUGGACAAGGACCUGGUAGAGCCUCUCUGCCGACGACUUAACACCUUGAACAAGUGCGCCUCUAUGAAACUGGACGUCAGCCUUCCCAAGAAGAAAAGCGAAGACUCAGAUGAAGAGGAUCAGUUGGCGAUCAGCAACCGAUGGACGUUUGAGUGGAGCAGUCGGCGGUGGUCGAGGCUGCAGGACAUCGACUGCAUCCUGGAAGGCGAGGAGGGGGCGUGUCCCAGAGGCCUGGAGGCGGAGCUACAGGGGGCAGGCAGUCGGGAGAGCGUGCUAACAGACCUGAGCGAGCCCGAGGUGUCGUCACUGCACAGUGGGAGCAGCGGCGGCAGCAGGAGUGGAGAUCUGGCCACCCUGAGGCCUGCUCGCUCCGCCUCGGCCUCCAUCAUGCCCGACCCCAGCUCUUUGGCACCGUCCCCAAUGUCUGACGACCGGCUACGGUACAACUCUCUGCCCUCCAAAAGCAGCCGGCAUGGCCGGACACGCGCCAAAGACUUCCUGCGCCGCAUGGAGACGUUGCGUUCCCGGCGGUCCUCGUCAGGGAAGGCUGCCCGCAAGACCCUGACCAUCAGCGGGCCUGUCCUUCAGUACGAGCCUGAAAGCCUCCGUGCACUGCAGUGCGUAGAGAUUGCCAACGGGGACGUGGCUGCGCCGGAGGUAAACGGGAGCAGCGGCCUGCACUCCCAGUCCAGCAGCAGCACCAGCAGCACACCCAGCCUGAAACCACAGCGGGCCCUCCACAAACGCAGUGGCGUCUACCUGGAAGACCUGGAUGUGCUCGCUGGCGCCCCCGUGAGGAAAACUGCCGAGCAAGGUCGCCGGAGCGAGUGCCGCUCCUAUGAGGACCUGGUGGUGCACGUCCCCAAGGACCACAAGCCGGGGACCUUCCCCAAGGCACUUUCCGUAGAGAGCCUGACGCCCACCCCUGGCACCGCCAUGAGCUCCGGCUGGCGGCCCGAUGUCCGGCAGCACCGGGACCUGGCUCCUAUCUCCCGGCUCUGUCCACGGGGCAGCCGCGCCAGUGUCUACGACAACGUCCCCAGUUCCCACCUAUAUGCCAGUACCGGGGACCUGAUGGACCUGGAGAAGGAGGACUUGUUCCCACAGCUGGACGACAUCCUGCAGCAUGUCAACGGCCUGCAGAGGCUGGUCAACAACUGGUCCCGGAGCGUCCUGCCUGAUGGUGAGGCCCGGCGCAACUCUGCUAGCCAGGUCACACUGGACGGCGAGGGGAGCUCGGCGUUGGAGGGCCGGACCACACCCAGUGACCUGGACAGAGACGCCAUUUCACUUAAUGACACGGACUCCAGUGGGACGAGGGAGAGGAGGGAUUCUGGCGUCGGGGCCUCGCUCACCAGACCUAGCCGCCUGCGGUGGCCCAGCUUCAGGAUCUCCUGCCACCUCGACCAAUCCGGUGCCUCAUUGCAGAUCAACAGCCAAUCAGUAGGCCAGCUCUGCUUGCUGCAGAAGUUCUCACUCCUGCGCCUCACUGCCAUCAUGGAGAAAUACUCCAUGUCCAACAAACAUGGAUGGACCUGGUCGGUGCCCAAGUUCAUGAAGAGGAUGAAGGUGCCGGACUACAAGGACAAAAUUGUCUUUGGGGUCCCGCUGAUCAUCCAUGUGCAGCGGUCUGGGCAGCCAUUGCCUGUUAGCCUGCAGCAAGCCCUGCAUUACCUAAGGAGCCAGUGUCUAGACCAG